GUGUAUUUCUACCUGCUCGAAGUUUGAUUCAUAUUUGGCGCUAAAAGAAAUUGAAAGUUUGGACUUUGGUCUCUGUUACCAAACAAACUAACGCCUAUCGUAUUAUUAUCAGUCGUAAACCAACCUUGAAACUGGAAACAUGGCAAAUAAAAGAAAAUCUUUCGGCGUUGACGAAAAAGUUCGUUUGAUACGUGCGAUAGAAAAGGGAGAAAAGAAAAGUGAUGUUGGGAGACGUUUGGGGUUAAGACCAUCUACUGUUGCUACAAUUUGGAAAAACAAGGAAAAAUUUCUGAAGGCGGUAUUGGAGGGAAAGUGUCGUAAAAAAUUGAGGAAGCCAAAAUUCGGAGUUUUGGAUCAAGCAAUGUUGGCGUGGUGUAACACUCAGCGCCAGAAUAAUGAACCAAUCUCGGGGCCAAUCAUUAAAGAACAGGCUGAGAAGUUUGCAGAACAGCUAGGCAUUACUGACUUUAAAGCGUCAGAAGGUUGGCUCGGAAAAUUUAAACUCCGUCACAACAUUAGCUAUAGUAAAAUUCAUGAAGAGGCGCGAGAUGUCGAUGCGAAUGUGACUAAGGAUUGGGUUAAUAAAGUAUGGCCAAAAUUAAAAGAUAAAUACGCUCCCAAUGAUAUUUUUAAUGCUAAUGAAACGGGACUUUUCUUCAACAUGACGUCCAACGAAACUUUAAAAUUCGAAGGAGAAGAAUUUGUAGGAGGAAAACUCUUUAAAGAACGUAUUACCGUUCUAGUAGCUGCCAAUAUGAGUGGGACAGAAAAAAGGAAGCUUAUGGUUAUAGGAAAAUCAAACCCACGGUGUUUUAAGAACACAAAACAGUUGCCUGUCACAUACAAAGUAAACAAAUCAGCUUGGAUGACGGCGCAAUUCUUUGAAGAAGAAGUGAGAAAAUGGGAUGCUGAACUGAAGGGACGGAAGAUCUUGCUUCUAGUAGAUAAUUGCCCUGCUCACCUUCUUGUAUCCAAUCUUCGAGACAUAGAGCUGGCAUUUUUUCCAGCUAACACAACCAGUGCAUUGCAGCCGAUGAACCAGAGCGUGAUUAAAAGCCUGAAGGAUAUAUAUAAAAAGAAAUUGUUGAUGGACAUGAUUGAGUCCGACGGUAAGACCUCAAUUAAUAUGCUACAAGCAAUGAACUUGAUAUCCAAAGCCUGGAAAGAGGUAACAGCUGCAACUAUACGACAUUCUUUUCGUCACGCAGGACUUUGUCAUAGUGAUACAGUAGAAACUGAGCAAAGUGAUAGUGAGGACAUUCUAACAGUGAAUGAUUGGAUUAAACCGUUUAAUAUAUCACACAAGUUUAACGAAGAUCCACAAAUAUUCGAAAGUAUAGAUCAAGAACUGGCCACAACGGCAUCACUUACUGAUGAAGAGAUUCUUAAUUAGGCGUCGAAAAGUAAGGAGAAACUAAAUGAAGAUGACGAUGACUGGACGAUUCUGAACCACCACCAACUAUUCAAAAAGACUUAAUGCAGUUAAACUAAUAGACAAACUGUUCUUAUUUGAUAAAUAUGAACCCACCACACACCAAUACAUGUGUUAAAUACAUAAGAAAAUACAAAAAGUACUGGCAAAGCAGAAAACGUCAGACAAAGUUUAGUCUAUUUAUAGGUAUCUAGAAUUAAUUAACAUAGUUACAUAGGUAGGU